UAUAUGUGUAUAUGUUAUAUAAUUGUUCUCCACUUGUUGACUGUCAAAGAGAGUUGGAGGAAAUGAAUUGUGAAACUUCACGGUGUGCCACCCUACAGUACUGUCCCGACCCAUACAUCCAGCGGUUCGUAGAAACCCCAGCUCAUUUCUCUUGGAAAGAAAGCUAUUACCGAUCCACUAUGUCCCAGAGCACACAGACAAGUGAAUUCCUCAGUCCAGAGGUCUUCCAGCAUAUCUGGGAUUUUCUGGAACAGCCUAUAUGUUCAGUUCAGCCCAUUGACUUGAACUUUGUGGAUGAGCCAUCAGAAAAUGGUGCAAGAAACAAGAUUGAGAUUAGCAUGGACUGUAUCCGCAUGCAGGACUCAGACCUCAGUGACCCCAUGUGGCCACAGUACACGAACCUGGGGCUCCUGAACAGCAUGGACCAGCAGAUUCAGAACGGCUCCUCGUCCACCAGCCCCUACAACACAGACCAUGCGCAGAACAGCGUCACGGCACCGUCGCCCUACGCGCAGCCCAGCUCCACCUUCGAUGCCCUGUCGCCUUCCCCCGCCAUCCCUUCCAACACCGACUACCCGGGCCCGCACAGCUUCGACGUGUCUUUCCAGCAGUCUAGCACCGCCAAGUCGGCCACCUGGACGUAUUCCACUGAACUGAAGAAACUCUACUGCCAAAUUGCAAAGACAUGUCCCAUCCAGAUCAAGGUGAUGACCCCACCACCACAGGGCGCUGUCAUCCGUGCCAUGCCUGUCUACAAGAAGGCUGAACAUGUCACCGAGGUGGUGAAACGGUGCCCCAACCACGAACUGAGCCGUGAAUUCAAUGAGGGACAGAUUGCUCCUCCUAGUCAUUUGAUUCGAGUAGAAGGGAACAGCCAUGCCCAGUAUGUAGAAGACCCCAUCACAGGAAGACAGAGUGUGUUGGUACCUUAUGAACCACCCCAGGUUGGCACUGAAUUCACGACAGUCCUGUACAAUUUCAUGUGUAACAGCAGUUGUGUUGGAGGGAUGAACCGCCGUCCAAUUUUAAUCAUUGUUACUCUGGAAACCAGAGAUGGGCAAGUCCUGGGCCGACGCUGCUUUGAGGCCAGGAUCUGUGCUUGCCCAGGGAGAGACAGGAAGGCGGAUGAAGACAGCAUCAGGAAGCAGCAAGUCUCGGACAGCGCAAAGAACGGUGACGGUACGAAGCGCCCUUUUCGUCAGAACACACACGGCAUCCAGAUGACAUCCAUCAAAAAACGGAGAUCCCCAGAUGAUGAGCUGUUAUAUUUACCAGUGAGGGGCCGUGAGACCUAUGAAAUGCUGUUGAAGAUCAAAGAGUCCCUGGAACUCAUGCAGUACCUUCCUCAGCACACAAUCGAGACAUACAGGCAACAACAGCAGCAACAGCACCAACAUUUACUUCAGAAACAUCUCCUUUCAGCCUGCUUCAGGAAUGAGCUUGUGGAGCCCCGGAGAGAAACCCCGAAACAGUCUGACGUCUUCUUUAGACAUUCCAGCCCUCCAAACCGAUCAGUGUACCCAUAGACCACACCCACCCCAUAUCUGUAUUUUGAGCGUGUGUUUCUUGUGUGUCCAUGUAUGUGUGUGUGUGCGCGCGUGCACGUGUGUGUGUGUGUCCAGCCCUCGUACGCAGAACUUGAAGACACUUUGGCUCAGAGACCCAACUGCUCAAAGGCAUACAGCCAGUAGUGAGAAAAUCUUUUGAAGGGACUCAAAACUUUACAAGAAAGGACAUUUUCCACAGAUUCUGCAUCCUUAUAUCUAGCACUGGGCAGUCAGGAACCCCUGUGUUUGUCUGUGAGCUUUGUGUUUUUCUUAGAAGGGAGGGGCUCAGGUUGGAAAGAGGGGCAUUAAGAUGUUUAUUGGAACCCUUUUGUUACCUUCUGUUGUGUUUCUAAAACUCAUAAAGAAGCUUUUGAGCAGGUCUCAAACUUAAGAUGUCUUUUUAAGAAAAGGAG